ACUUCCCUAAAUUAACAGGGAGGAACUCAAAGUAGCGCAUUAAUCAAGAAUAUUUAUAUUCAGAUAUUACCGCAGGUCCGCACUAUAUUGAUCCGAUCCUUAGUUCGUUCCACAGAAUAUACGCCGCAGUUUCCACUAGAGCUACGCAACUGCAGCGGCACCAGCAACAGCAGACUAUCGUCAAGAUGACCCGCAAACCUGAUGAAGUCCAAGCCCUUAAUAAGAGAAUCAGCGAAAUAAUAGGAGUGUUAGCGGAGGAACAAGAGAAGUUGGAUGACAUCUUGCGUUAUCUGGAGAGCAUUAGCGAAGCCGACUUAGGAAAGAUGUCACGGAGUGCCUCGAGUGCGCGAAAUAGGAGAAGAAAGGCCGGGACUAAGUCUAUAAAGGAAGAAAAGGAAGAGUAUGAAAACAAGCGACAUCAUAUAGAAGCGAAGAUCGGACGAUUGUGGGAGAAGAUAAACGAUCUGCAGAAGCAAAAGGAGGACCUCGAAAAGAAAGGAUAAGAGGCGACGAAUAACUCGAUUCAUUAUCUUGCUUCUAUGACCAACCCCACUUUGCCUUCAAUGCCCUCGACUCGGCAAGCAAUCUGUCCACAUCGGUCUCAUACAGCCUGUUCCUCUUCAAGUACUC